CAAUUGUCUCUCUCAAUCAAUCCCUUCACUCUCGAAAACGUAAACGCUUUCAUUCCAACAUUAAACACUGCACUUUCACUGUUUUGCUAACAUGAGCACAGUGUACACAACACCACCACAACCGUAAUUUGUCAUGAAUCCACCAACAGACCACCAACCGCCACCACAGGCGCUGCCACUGCAGCCACCACGCUCCUCCUUCAGCUGCGACCGCCAUCCCGACGAAAACUUCACCGGAUUCUGCCCUGAAUGCCUCUGCGAACGUCUCACCACACUAGAUCAAUCCGCCAAUGCCGCCGCUGCUUCCUCCUCCCGUCGCAACUCUACCAGCUCAUCUACCGCCGCCGCUGCCAUAAAAUCAUUUUUCAGAGCCUCCAACUCUGAAGCUAACAAAAACAAAACAGCAGCAGCAACGGUACCUAGAAAUUUGUUUUUGCCGGAGCUCCGGCGGACGAAGUCGUUCUCCGCCGCGAAAAACGACGGUUUAUCGAUCUUCGCCGGUGUGUACGAGCCGCAACGGAAAUCGUGUGACGUAAGAGGACGGAACACGCUCUGGUCGCUAUUUUCAAUCCACGACGAGAAUAAACCGCCUCGGCACUCGUACUCUCAACAACCGACUCACGGCGGCAACGGCGUCGUUCUGGAAACGAACAGAGAAGAUGACGAAGAAGAAGAAGAAGGUCACAAACAUGAUCAAAUUCACAACAACGGCGAAAUUGACGAAAAUAACGAAAACGAAGAAAUUAGGGUUACGGAAGAGCUGGAUGAGAUAAUUGUGGACGAUUUCAGCAACGACAUUGUAGAAGAAACAGUUGAAAUUGAAGAAGAAAUUGAAGAACAUAAGGAGAUGGUUUCAGAUGAAUUGAAGCCGAUGAAGGAUCACAUAGAUCUAGAUUCAAACUCCAAAAAAUCUUCACGGUCAAACUUCUGGUCAGCGGCGUCUGUGUUGACCAAAAAAUGGCAAAAAUGGAGGAGAAAGCAGAAGAAGAGUGUCGCCGGAGGUAACGUUAACGGUAACGGCGUCGUUUUAUCGUCGACGUUACCGGUGGAGAAACCGCUAUCACGUCAGUACCGUGAAACUCAGUCGGAAAUCGCCGAUUACGGAUUUGGAAGACGAUCAUGUGAUACGGACCCUAGGUUUUCGCUGGAUGCGGGUCGGAUCUCGUUUGAUGAUCCGAGAUACUCGUUUGACGAACCUAGGGCUUCCUGGGACGGGUAUUUGGUUGGUAGAACGUUCCCACGGCUUCCUCCUAUGGUGGAAGAUGCUCCUGUGGUACACGUGGCGCGUUGUGAUUCGCAGAUCCCGGUUGAAGAUGUUGCGAAUUCAAACGAUAGUAACAUACCGGGCGGGUCGAUCCAGACCCGAGAGUAUUAUCUGGAUUCUUCUUCUAAGAGGAGAAAGAGUCUUGAUAGGUCUAAUUCUAUUAGAAGAAUGGCUGCUGCGGUUGUUGCGGAACUGGAUGAAUCAAAUUCAAAUGUGAAGGUGAAUGUGAAUCCAGCGGUUUCAAAUACUAAAGUGUCACCUGCUACCAUUGAUUACAAUUACAAUGGUGUCACAAUUGAUCCGCCUAGGGUUUCGAAUUCGAAUUCGAAUUCGUUAAGGGAUGAUUGUUCCGAGACGUUUGAGUUAGGGUUUAGGGAUAGGGAUAAUGUGAUUCCGGUUGGGGGAGAGAAGAAGGAGAACAAGAAGGCACGAAAGUGGCGGUGGAAGCUGUGGGGGUUUAUUCACCGGCGGAGUAAAGAUGACGAUGAAGAUCGAUGCAGUACGGUUAGUGGUGUUGGAAGAUCUUAUUCGGAGUCGUGGCAAGAUUGCAGUAAUGAGGGGUUUAACAGGAAGGUUUUAAGAAGCAAUAGUAGUGUGAGCUGGAGAAGCUCUUCGUUGAGGAGACCUAACCCGAAUGGUAAAGUGAUUGGAAAUGAAAACGGGUUUGUGAAUGGGAAGAGCCGAAGGACAGGUGAUGAGUUUGUUCUUGAACGUAGUCGCAGCACGCGAAUCUCACCGAAUCACAUUGACAAUGGGCUUUUACGGUUCUAUCUAGCGCCAUUGAGUGGUAGUCGAAGAUCAGGGAUUGGGAUUUCAUCGGGGAAAAACAGAGUGUCGAGUACAUCUCAUUUGAUUUCCAGGAACAUGCUUGGGCUCUACUGAAAGUCUGAAACCGAAGAAGGUUGAUCUUUUCAUUGUGUAAUAAUGACACAUUGUUUAAGUUUAUGUUUAUGUUCAUGUUAUCCUAAAAUUGGUUGGUGAAUUGGGUUUCAAACUUGAAUAUUGUUUGUUACUCUUGUUUUCAUGAUCAUGCUCUGCUUCUUACUUUAUUUGAAUAACAUCUGAAACUGCACGCA